CAUGAAGUAGUUCACUGACUGUACCGUGGUGUUAGAAGCGUUUGUCUGUGAAACAUGAGGAGAAUAAGAGAUUUUCUAGCGGUAACAGUGACGCUAGUCUCUGCUCAGGUGCUGCACGCUCUGCCACAAACCAUUAAUCAGUUCAGAAAACAUCAUGGAUUCAAGACAGAACCCCAGUUCACAGAGAAGUAUUUCAGUCAGACUAUCGAUCACUUCAACUUUAACAGCAUGGGAAACGGGACAUUCAGUCAGCGUUACCUCAUCACAGAUCAGUACUGGGAGAAAGGCUCUGGUCCUAUUUUCUUCUACACAGGCAACGAGGGAGACAUCUGGGAGUUUGCCCUCAACUCUGGAUUCAUAACAGAGUUAGCUGCUCACCAGAAGGCUCUCGUCAUAUUUGCUGAACAUAGGUACUACGGCAAAUCUCUGCCAUUCGGCAAAGACUCCUUCAACAUCCCUCAGAUCAGCCUGCUGACGGUGGAGCAGGCCCUCGCCGACUACGGCGUCCUGAUCACUGAGCUGAGACGGCAGCUGGCGGCCUCACACUGUCCCGUCAUCGUGUUUGGCGGCAGUUAUGGUGGAAUGCUGUCCGUCUACAUGAGACUCAAGUAUCCAAACAUAGUGGCUGGAGCUCUGGCUGCCAGUGCCCCCAUACUGUCCACCGCUGGGCUGGGAGACUCCAGGCAGUUUUUUAGAGAUGUUACAGCUGACUUUGAGAACGUUGCCCCUGAAUGCAGAGAUGCUGUGAGAGGAGCUUUCCAUCAGCUAAAAGAAUUAGCUGAACACCAAGAUUACAGUCGCAUCCAGUCAGAGUUCACUCUGUGUAAACCUCCAUCAUCUGCUCAGGACAUCCACCAGCUGUACGGCCUGCUGAGGAACGCCUUCACUCUGAUGGCCAUGCUGGAUUACCCCUACAGCACUCACUUCAUGGGCAACAUGCCCGCCAACCCUGUCAAGGUGGCUUGUGAAACCAUGCUGAGUGGAUCUGACCUACUGGCUAACCUCAGGAAAACCGCAGCGAUUGUGUACAAUGCCACCGGGGUGCUGACCUGCUUCGACCUGUACAAUCUGUAUUUGGAGUGCGCUGAUCCCACUGGAUGUGGACUGGGCUUCGACAGCCAGGCCUGGGACUACCAGGCGUGCACAGAGAUCAAUCUGUGCUAUGAAAGCAACAAUGUGACGGACAUGUUCCCGCCCAUGGCCUUCACCGAGAGAGACCGCGAGCUCUACUGCUCCAAACGCUGGGGGGUGGUUCCUCGACCAGACUGGCUCCAAAUCCAGUUCUGGGGUGAUGUCCUGUCCACAGCCAGCAACAUUAUCUUCUCCAAUGGGGAUCUGGACCCGUGGGCCAACGGAGGGGUGCGCAAGUCCCUGAGCUCAUCACUGAUAGCUGUCAAUAUUACUGGAGGAGCCCAUCACCUGGACCUGAGAGGAUCUGAUGCUGCUGAUCCAGCGUCGGUGAUUGCUGCCAGGAAAACAGAAGCAGACCUCAUCGCUCAGUGGGUGAAGAUGGAGAGGAGCACACUACUGUCACUUUAAAGCACAGCUUCAGAUUGUGUUGCAUAGAAACAGUUAUUUGUAAAACCAGGUUCCAGAGAAAAUAUUUGAUUCAACAAGUUCACCUCUGAGUCCCAGUUCUAUUCUGCAUAUUAACUGUAGUGAGUGGGUGUAGAGUAUGUGGUGCGUUCACCCUGGAAAAGAAAAUUGAUUGAACUUGAUGUCAGUCUGCAUAACGGAUUUGCUGGUGAGGCAGCUGCAGGAAAAUCUAAGAACAACACAAAUUCAGUGACAUUUUGCUCACUCUUCAUCAGGUUUCCAAAUCCUACACAGCUAAUAACAUAACAGAGAUAUUCACAUUACAGCUGUGGAAGGCUUAGAAAACCAGGAUCUGUUCACAGCUGAGAAGCUGGAACCAGGUUUUCAAAUGUUUGUCUUUAUAUAUUAUUUUUUGCGCUUUUUAUUCUGAUAGUUACAGUGAGAGAGAGAGAGAGACAGGAAAGUCAGGGAGAGAGACAGAGAGAGGCCUUGAGUCGGAUUCGAACCUGUGCUGCUGCAGUUAGGACUGAGCCUUCAUGGUGCGCGCUCUACCAGCUGAGCCACCAGUAACACAGGUGGCAACUUAACUUUCUUGAUUGAGUAAUCAAUUAACUGACUCCUCAGCUCUACUGUGUAUGCUUAGUAUAAUAUGAAUGUCAGUGAGGCAACUGUAAAUGAAAACAGACACAAGACACCGUCACAAUCAUCUAUGUGUAGGAACACAGAAUUGAACCCUUCCUCUGCUGUUUGACGGAUGAGUGCAGCAGCUGCAUGUUACAGCUCCCUAAAGAUCACUUCAUUCAUCUGAACUCUACCCUCUGCUCUACCUGUCCGUCUCCCGCUGCCAGCUAUCCCAUCAUGCUCCUUGCGAAGGGUUCAGGGGGAGUCAGUGUUUCCACUGAUCUCGCUGUAUUUUGUGUUUUCUGUUGUGAGCCAGAUGUGCUACCAUUAGCAGAUCACUUUAUGACUCAAUGAUCGACUCAAAUGUUUUGUUUUCUGAUGAAUAAAAUCUUUCAUUUAAAUUUUAUUGUAUUUUUGCACAAUUAAAGCAAAUCCAGCAUUGUAUACACCAGGUGACAUCAACAAUACAUUUUGUAUGUUUAAGAAAGUUUGAAAUAAAUAAAACAUUCAAACACUGAA